UCUGACCUGAUGAACAUGUCAAGUGUCUCCUAAGUGAAUGCAUAUGCAAACAACACUUGUUUCCAAAAUGUAAAUAAGGUUAUGCUGUCACACGAUCAAACAGCUGCACGACAAGUGAAACACACGCUUUCGUGCAUAAAUGAGGUGUAAGUUUCUUACAAGUGUGAGAUCGGUACAUCUGGAAGGCAGCAUAUGCAAAAUGACUUUUACCUCCAAAAUGCAAAGUGCUUUAUGUAAAGUUGGUCCAAAUCAUCUUCCAGCUUCUGUCUAAUUGCCUGUCAUGACCACUGCUCUGUUUACUGUACUAAUGUGCAUUCAUCACAAGGAGCAAUGUUGCGUUGUGUGUUCUUAGGCUGCCUCUUGAACAUUUGGGCUUUUUUGAUUUUUAACAAACAAGAAUGCCUGGCAUAUGAGUUUACCCUGCCCGGGGACUAUAAACUCGGGGGAAUUUUUAGUGUACAUUCAGCCAGUGAUGUUGUGGUACCGAAAACUCCUAUGGCACUAGAAUGCUACACGCAGCCAUUUUCAAUGUCAGCUUAUCAGAUGUUUGAGGUGAUGCGGUUUGCUGUGGAGCAGAUUAAUAACUCCACCACCAUCCUGCCUAAUGUCACUCUUGGUUAUGAGAUCUUUGAUUAUUGCUUAAAAACUCGGAGUUUUCCUUCAAUCCUCGAUUUUAUCUCAGACAACGGACGAAUAAAUGUAUCAGCCAAGCAGAACAAACACAAUGUUAUCGGUCUUGUGGGUGCAUAUGCAAGCUCUCAGUCUAUGUCUGUUGCACCUUUGUUUAUGAUGGACCUCAUUCCAAUGAUUAGCUAUGCAUCCUCUAGCUAUGUUCUAAGCAAUAAGUGGGUCUACCCAAGUUUUUUAAGGACUGUACCAACCAAUCAAGAUCUAAUUAUGGUCAUAAUUAAGCUCAUUCAGCAGUUUGGAUGGAAUUGGGUAGCUUUCAUUAGCAGUAACGAUGCAUACAGUCAGAACGGCCUCGAAUUAUUUCGCAGUAACAUUAAAGACACCAGCAUCUGCUUGGCCUUUCUCUAUGAACUUAAUUCAAUGUCCAAUUAUUCAGAUAUACUAAACAAGAUUGACUCACUCAGCAUCAACGUGAUCAUAGUCUUCACCCAAGAACUCCCUGCUCAAAAAUUUAUCAAAACAGCCAUCAGGAUCAAUAUUAGAGACAAAGUCUGGAUAGCAGGUGAUACAUGGUCUAUGGAUGAAACACUUAUCAGUUACCCGGGCAUCGAGCAAAUUGGGACUAUUUUUGGUGUCACGGCAACAACACUGAAUUUACCUGGAUUUGACGAAUUUGUCUACCAAACACGGCUGAGUGGUGAAAACGAUUACUGUGUGAAUUGUAUGGAUGGAGAGAAGUGCAAUCAAGUUUGUGAAAACUGCACAAGCCUAAACGCAGAGGACAUUAUAAACCAAAAUCCUACAUACUCGUUUUCAAUCCAGGCGGCUGUCUAUGCCUACGCCUAUGCACUCCAUCAAGCGCUCAACUGCAGAAAUGAAAGCUGUGAUCCACCUCGAAACAUCUUACCGUAUGAGCUUCUGGAUUACUUGAGAAAGUUGAGCUUCACGUUACAAAACCAACAAAUUGAAUUUGACCGGCAUGGUGAUCCACCAGCCAGUCUUGCAGUAGUUCUCUGGAGACCAAACAAAAAUCCCCUUUUUGUAAUGGCUGCUACAUAUGAAUCACACCCAACUAUUCAGUUUACCUUGAACAGUCGUGCUGUUCCCUGGUCUGCAAAUGGCACAGUGCCUUAUUCUAAUUGUUCUAUUCAGUGUGAUAGUGGUUUUAAAAAAGUGCAAACUUCAGUACAUAAGUGCUGUUUUCAGUGUGAGAAAUGCGCAGCCCAGACAUACAUCAACACCUCAGAGGAUGCUUACACUUGUGCUCCAUGUGAAGAGGGUUACUGGUCUGAUGAAAAGAGCAUAAUCUGCAAAAAGCGCAUUAUCGUCUUCCUUGAUCUCAAGGAUCCUCUGUGCAUGCUGUUCUUGGUAUGUGCUGUGGCCUUCAUUGCUAUCUCCAUUGGACUCAUCAUCCUUUUUGGCAUCAACUACAACACUCCGGUGGUAAAGUCUGCCGGUGGUAAUAUGUGCUUCCUUAUGUUGUUUUGUCUGGUUCUGGCCAACAUUGGGGUCUUCUUUUACUUUGGAGUGCCAGACCCAGUGAAUUGCGCUUUACGGAAUGUCUUUUUCAUAUUUUUCUACACUAUUUGCCUUUCUUGUAUGGGUGUUCGUUCCUUUCAAAUUGUUUGCGUAUUCAAAAUGGCUGCCCAGUUUCCAGAUGUCUACCACUGGUGGAUGAAGAACAAUGGUCAGUGGCUUUGUAUUAAUGUCUACUCUUUCAUACAGCUUAUUGCUUGUGGAAUAUGGCUUCUAACUGGAAGGCCCAAACCCUACAAUGACAGUACAUCUUUUAAAGAUCAGACUAUUUUGACGUGUGAUAUGGGAUCAAUGGUUACAUCCACCUUGGCUUGGUCUUGUCUCUGGUUUCUUAGUAUAGUCUGCUUCUGUUUCUCCUACAUGGGCAAAGAUCUUCCAAAAAGCUACAAUGAAGCAAAGUCUAUCACGUUUAGCUUGCUUGUAUUUUAUCUGGGCUGGAUUGCAUAUUUCACAGCAUACAUUGUGUUCAGAGGAGCUUACAUUCAGCUUUUUAAUGCAGUUGCACAGCUGUCAAGUUCAUAUGGAAUUAUUUUUAGCUUCUAUAUGCCAAGGGCCUACAUCAUUAUUUUCCAACCCAAAAAGAACACUCAGGCAUACUUUCAGUCAUCAAUCCAGACAUAUACACAGACUAUUAGCAGGAUGUAGACUUAGGUAAUCCAUAGAAGAUGGAUGUAUGUGUGGCAGAUUCACAAAUACAAGUCAUUCAUCCAUAGUGACCAAAUCCAUGAACAAAAGGUAAAAGGCAGGAAGCUAGGAAUAUUAGGAAAUGCUGUAAAAAUACAUAGUAAACAGAGAUUGGAACAGAACAAACUAUUUAAAAAGAACAUAUUUAAUGCAUAUUCUGUAUAAAAACUGUGGGUGUGAAAAUGGACUAGAUGAAACACCAGGUGGCGCAAUUAUGUUAAGGGGCUUAAGGUUAUCUCUACAGCAGCAAAGUUUGUGUCUGAGUUCAGACCAAGACAGUGAAUAGAGUAAGAACAACAACAACAAAAAAAACAUACAGGAUGUCAAGAAAUAUUGAUGGGAGUUAGACAAGGGGAGGAGCUAACAAUGACACAACAGAAGUAUGAGAGACAGACAACAACACCUGGGGACUUGGGGAAGAAACAGGACAUUUAUAACUAUAAUAUUAUUUAGAAUUGUAGUCUAAUACAGGUGGCCCUUUAAAGUAGAUCUAGCGGCAUAUUUCCUCCCCUUUGUUAGGUAAAACUGUGGGAACUGUGGCAGAGGAAACCCUCUGUAAACCCUCAUCACAUUCUGGUAGUAAACAGUCCUUCCCUUAGCAAUGAGAGCAUCCUACUCACAAUCAUAUGGCAAAUGAUAACCUGCCAACUGUGUUUAAACAUAAAAUAAUGAUAAUGUGAAGUAUACAGUAUAGUGUGUUACGAACCUAAAUCACAACUGAGAGUGAAAGGUUUGUUUGUUUGUCACCUUCAUCAAUUGUUCUUUCCUCUACUCUAUUUAAAUUGUAUUUUCAGUACUACAUUUGAUUUUAUUGAUGUUUAAAGUUAUUAUCAGUAACACAUUUGGAGAGAUAUUGCUUUUAUGCAGACAAAUGAAACUUGCUUGUAAUAUUACAUGUAUAUUACAGUGAUACUAAAGUCUAUCUCAUUGUAUUAUGGAAAGUGGACGUGUAAUGAUGCAUGAUGUGGCUUAAUCAAAUUGACAUAUGUAAAGUGGACAUGGACGUUGAUUCCAUCCUUCCAUCCUUCCUAGCUGACUCGCACAGCACACGCCUGUCACGAAUGGCUUCAUAGAGAAAUUGCAAUGCCUCUCCUAGUAAAUUGUUUUCUUCUGCUUCUAUUCUCUAACCAUUUGCAAUUACAACAUGUUUAUGAAUAGAUAUACAUACUCAAUUAAAAUGUAACCA